AUGAAGGAGCCACCCCACCUCAAACCCGAAGCGGUGCGCGAGAACUGUACGGCCCGAGAAUGGGGCUCGAACUUCAGCACGGCGAGGACCCGGGAGGGCGGCGACCCGGACCCCAAAACUCACCAUGGUUGUAGAGGCGGUAGCGGCUUCAGGACUCAGACGUGGCAGGACCCGGCGUCGCCUCGGAACAGCUCACUUCCGGCGUCGGGCUAA